CGGGUCUCCGUCCCACUGCGCUCGCCGGCGUCACCAGUCCCGCGCCCCGUCACCGGUUUUGUGCCCUGUUUCGGGCCUCGUCCCGCCUUUUGGUGGCCUUUUCCCGGUCACUGGUCCUUUCCUACCUUCACCGGCCUUGUCCCUCAUCACGGGCCUUGCCCUGCCUUGUCUCCACCGUCACUGGCCCUUUCCCCCACGGUCACUUGUCUUUCCCCACUUUCUCCGGCCUUGUCACUCACUUUGUCUUGCCUUGUCCACACCUCACCAGCCGUCACUGGCUUGAUCUGGCAAUCACUGGCCUUGGCUGGCUUUUGCCAAACUUGUCUGCCUGAUGGUGCCCCAGUGGGUGAAUGAAUGAGCUGCUGCCCAGUUUACCCUGCAACAGACUCUAGUCCCUGCUGUCUCCUCUGACACAACCCCCUUCAUACUCCUGGCAGUCUCCCCUAAGGCCACAAGACAGGCCACUGGCCAGCAGGAAUCUCAGAAGGAAGUCUGUCCUCCCUUGAUAGUCCCGGGAGAGCAAGGGCCACCUGGGCAGAAUGUCACGAUGGACGAGGGGAGCACAUCCCUGCUCCCCGACAGCCUUGUCUACCAGAUCUUCCUGAGCCUGGGUCCUGCAGACGUGCUGGCUGCUGGGCUGGUGUGCCGCCAGUGGCAGGCUGUGUCCCGCGACGAGUUUCUAUGGAAGGAGCAGUUCUAUCGCUACUACCAAGUGGCCCGAGAUGUGCCCCGCCACCCAGCGGCCACAUCCUGGUACGAGGAGUUCCAGCGACUCUAUGACAUGGUACCCUGCGUGGAGGUGCAAACGCUGAAGGAGCACACUGACCAGGUCCUACACCUUAGCUUCUCCCACUCAGGGUACCAGUUUGCCUCUUGCUCCAAGGACUGCACAGUGAAGAUCUGGAACAAUGACCUGACGAUCUCGCUGCUGCACAGCGCGGAUAUGCGGCCCUAUAACUGGAGCUACACCCAGUUCUCACAGUUCAAUCAGGACGACUCACUGCUGCUGGCUUCAGGGGUGUUCCUGGGGCCACACAACUCUUCGUCGGGUGAGAUUGCUGUCAUCAGCCUGGAUUCCUUCGCCCUGCUGUCGCGUGUGCGCAAUAAGCCCUACGAUGUGUUUGGCUGCUGGCUUACGGAAACCAGCCUCAUUUCGGGGAACCUGCACCGCAUUGGAGACAUUACAUCCUGUUCGGUGCUCUGGCUCAACAAUGCUUUCCAGGAUGUGGAGUCAGAGAACGUUAAUGUGGUGAAGCGGCUCUUCAAGAUUCAGAACCUCAAUGCCAGCACCAUCCGCACAGUGAUGGUGGCUGAUUGCAGCCGCUUUGAUAGCCCUGACCUUUUGCUGGAUGCUGGUGACCAGGCCACGCUCCCCUGCCGAGUCUUUGACUUGGGUGGGGACAGUGAAGACGAGGAGGCCGAACCAAGUUUGCAUGCUCCUGGCCGAGUCAAGGAGGGCUUGCGGCACAUGAUGGAUGGCAUAUUGGAUGGGCAUGCACAGCUGUCAGAUUGUGCCCUGGAGACCAGGGUGGCUGAGCUGCUGGCCCAAGGCCGCACCAAGCCCCCGGAGCCCAACACUGCUGAUGCCAGGAACAAGUACCUCAUCUUCACCACUGGCUGCCUCACCUACUCACCACACCAGAUAGGCAUCAAGCAGAUCCUGCCACACCAGAUGACGACGGCAGGGCCCGUGCUGGGUGAGGGCCGGGGCUCAGACGCCUUCUUUGACGCACUGGACCAUGUCAUUGACGUACAUGGACACAUCAUCGGCAUGGGCCUGUCCCCCGACAACAGGUACCUGUACGUGAACAGCCGUGCCUGGCCCCCUGGCUCAGUGGUAGCCGACCCCAUGCAGCCACCACCCAUCGCAGAGGAGAUCGAUCUGCUGGUAUUUGACCUCAAGACCAUGCGGGAGGUGAAGCGGGCCCUGCGAGCGCACCGCGCCUACACCCCCAAUGACGAGUGCUUCUUCAUUUUCUUGGACGUCAGCAGGGACUUCGUGGCUAGCGGGGCUGAGGACCGGCACGGCUACAUCUGGGACCGCCAUUACAACAUCUGCCUGGCUAAGCUGCGGCAUGAGGACGUGGUCAACUCGGUGGUUUUCAGCCCCCAGGAGCAAGAGCUGUUGCUUACGGCCAGCGAUGACGCCACCAUCAAAGCCUGGCGUUCACCACGCACUGUGCGUGUCCUUCAGGCUCCCCGCCCACGCCCGCGCCCCUUUUUCUCCUGGUUUGCAAGCCAUAGACGCUGAGGACACUGGUGACUUGAGCCACUGGGACCCACUGGGGACAUUGAUGCCCCAUGGUUCUUUUCUGCACGGAGACAGAGAAGCUCAUAGCAGUAAUGCCUUAGGAGGGGGACAGCCUGACCCCCACACACUCACGCACGCAACCUGCUCACUCAGCCGCCAGGCUCAGCUCUAGUGUAGCUGCCGUGAGCAGCAUGUGGGCCCCACAUCAGCCUCUUGGCCAGCUUGAGGUGCACAGGACACUGAAGGCUCUGCUCCUCACCCACCCCUUCCUCUGGGAUGGCGGCUCAUAUUGCCCUGAGCUGGCUUUUCCUUGGGUACCCACACUGUCGGGGGCCGUGCUGGUGGCCCACGGUGACUUGGUGUACACAGCGGUGCUAGGAGUAGCCAGGGUGCUGCGUGUGCACUCACCACCCGCUCAGGCCUAAUAAACACUGGCAGCAGCACA